AUGGGGUUGUUCAAUCUCAAGUCUCUCGCCGUGUCUGCCUUGGUGGCUGCCAGCCAGGCCUCUCCCCUUCUCUAUACUCGUGCUGGCAGUGACUCCAACGCGACCUACGCCUACACCAACUCCAAUGGCCUCAACUUCACCCAGAUGAAUACUACUCUGCCCAACGUCACCCUCUUCGCUACAGGUGGCACGAUUGCCGGAUACAGCGCUGACAGGACGGCUACCACGGGCUACAAGUCCGGCGCAGUCCCCAUCGAGAAACUGAUCAACAAGACGCCGGAGGUGCUCGACGUGGCCAAUGUUGCGGCUGUUCAGUUCACCAACGUGGGAAGCGAGGACAUCUCCUCGACCCUUCUGCUGCGCAUGGCCAAGCAGAUCAACGAGGUCGUCUGCAAGGAUCCCACCAUGUCCGGAGCCAUCGUCACCCACGGCACUGACACUCUGGAGGAGACCGCCUUCUUCCUCGACGCCACCGUCAACUGCCACAAGCCCGUCGUGAUUGUCGGCUCCAUGCGCCCGUCAACCGCCAUCUCGGCCGACGGCCCCUACAACCUCCUGGAGGCUGUGACCGUGGCGUCUAGCCCCGAGGCCCGGGAUCGCGGUGCCAUGAUCGUUCUGAACGAUCGCAUCGUCUCGGCGUUCUACGCCUCCAAGACCAACGCCAACACCAUGGACACCUUCAAGGCCCCCGAAAUGGGCAACCUAGGCGAGCUCGUCUCCAACAGCCCCUACUUCUUCUACCCAGCCGUGGAACCUACCGGCAAGACGGCGUUUGACGUCAGCAACAUCAAGUCCAUCCCUCGCGUUGACAUCCUCUACGCUUAUGAGGACAUGAAGAACGACACUGUCUACUCGGCCGUCGACAACGGCGCCAAGGGUCUUGUGUUCGCCGGCUCCGGUGCAGGCACCAUCGGCACCUCUGCCCGCAACGCCAUCCAUGACGUCGUGAAGUCCUCGCAGAUCCCCGUCGUCGUCAGCACCCGUACCGGCAACGGCGAGGUGCCCACCUCCGACGACAAGACCCAGAUUGCCAGCGGAUACCUGAACCCGUCGCAUUCUCGCAUUCUGUUGGGCUUGCUUCUGGCGCAGGACAAGGGUAUCGAGGAGAUUCGGGAGGUGUUUGCCAAGAUCGUGGCUUAA